GUGACUACUAAUAUUAAAAUAUUUUCUUCCAAUCUCAAAAGCAAUUUUUACUGUGAAUAUUAUUUUAAGUAAAGAGUUCAGAGUGAGCGUAACUUUCUUAGUUUUUCAUUAUUACAAAAUAAGAGAAACAGUAUCCACUUUUUUAUGCAAGGAAGUCUAUAAAGAAAUUUUCUUUUCUGUUAAUUAUACAUUGUUUAUUAUUCACAUUAAAUAAACAUUAUUUGUUGAAAGGCAUUUUCAUGUUUGUCUGCUAUUUUCAAGGGGAAAUAAAUAAACUUAUAGCUUUUGAACAACCAAUAGCAAGCCAAUAAGAAUUUUCUAAAAAAAUAUUAAAUUUGCGAAAGUUUUACUUAAUAACUUACCCAAGACUUUUUAUAAUAAAUUCAAAUUAAUAUAUUUAUAAGAUAAACAUACAAGAUGUAGGUACAAUGAAGAAUGAAUGAACAAAUAACAAGAUAUUUGCCUAUAGCAUUUGUCUUUUAUUGAAAGCUCCAUUAAACCUUUUAUUAUAAAUGUAAAUGGUAGCAACAGUCGUUUAAGAUUAAAUACAGAAUCAAAUUUAUUAUGUUAUUUAUAUUCACAUUCAUAACAAAUUUAAAAUAAAAAAAAUACAAUUAACACAAAACUUUUGUGGCAACUAUAUCCAUUUUCGGAAUUUUGCCCAGAAUAUAUUAUAGUAUUUGAAGGUUAUGAAUAUGCUUCUAUCCGAAUCACUUGCAUUUAUCUACUCUAAUGAUUCGACUCUUUGGGCAGAUUUUAAAUUGUAAAGUCAUCAUAAAUUUAUAGUUUAAUUUAAAAUAAAAAAUCGUUUCAAUAAAUUUAUAUAAACUUCAUCAUACCAAGAAUUUAGACUUAUGGAAAUAUGUUUAAAGGAUCGAUAGAAAAAAGAUUGCGGAUUUACUGUUUUGUGAAAAAAAAGUUUUUAUUAUCAUUAAACAAAAUGGCAGACUACCAACUUACAGAGGAAUAUAUACGCCAUUGCAUGUUGUGUUAUUUCCAAUUGGGAUUUAACGCAACAAUUACGACAAAAAAAAUUUGUCACGUAUAUGGGAAUAUUUUGAAAGCAAAUGAGUGGCGAUAUUGGUUCAGAAAAUUUGCCAGAGAUGAUUUUGACUUAUUUCAUAGUAUUCGAAAUCUACGAUCUACUGAACUCGAUAGUGAUAUUUUAAAAUCAUUGAUUGAACAGGAUCCGAGAUUGACCAUGAAAGAAAUAGCUGACGCACUUCUGCAUCAAAAAUCAACGACGAAUAAUUAACAUAUCAUUACUGACUGCGAAAUAAAGUGAUCUAAGUAUUUUUUAGCAAAAUCGUAAUCGAUGAUGAGAAAUAAAUGCUACACAGCAAUUUAAAA